GUUUGCACCUAUGAGUUCUGGUUUUGUACCUUCUCCCUCUUCACCAUCACAACCUAACUCAUCAACUGAGUUCAUUGAUGGCUUAAAGUUUGGUAAAAAAAUCUACUUUGAAGAUGCAGCACCUCAAACCAAACCUAAUGGUGGUUCAUCUUCAUCUAUGGGGAUGAUGAUGAAGAAGGGAACUCAACCACCUAGGUGUCAAGUUGAAGGUUGUAAAGUAGAUCUGAGUGGUACUAAGGCUUAUUAUUCUAGACAUAAAGUUUGUUGCAUGCAUUCAAAAUCUCCUUCUGUGGUUGUUUCUGGUUUGGAUCAGAGGUUUUGCCAACAGUGUAGCAGAUUUCAUCAGCUACCUGAAUUCGAUCAAGGAAAACGAAGUUGCCGCAGGCGACUAGCUGGCCAUAAUGAAAGGCGAAGAAAACCUCAACCGAGCUCCGUGUUUACCUCGCACUUUCCCAGACUCUCUCCACCUACUUUUGAUAGCAAUGUCAAAUGUGACAACUUUCUGAUGGAAUGUGCUUCAUACCAGAACAACUCAUUGCUAACUCCAAGAUCAUCUGAGCCGGUUCGCACCAAUCAAACAACACCAUUUACAUGGCAAAACAACUCAUCGAUGCCGCCAUCCGAGUUUUUUCAGCAAUCACCAAACUUCCAUGGUGCUAGACAUUCUCCAAUGGAAAACUACAAUGAAGUCACAGAUUCAAGCUGUGCUCUCUCUCUUCUGUCAAACCAAACAUGGUAUUCUGGAAACACAACAGCACCAAGUGUGGAGAUGAACAACCUGUUGAAUUUCAACGGUUCUUCACUCAUGACACAAUCUUCUCAAGGUGCAGCCAGUUUUCAACUUCCAAAUGCUUCUGGGUUUUUAAAGGGCGUCGAUACUCGUAACUGUUUGUCGCCUGAUGAUGUUCCCGAUCUCGGUCUCGGACAAAAUUCGCAGAGUAUGAAUAGCGAUCUUCAUGGCGAGCUUGAUGUGCCACAAGGCAAGAGGCAAUAUUACUGGUCACUUUAA